AUGCGUUUCUUCAUUGCCUUGUGUUUGGUAGCAUCUGCCUGUGCUCAAUCUGGCUACAAUUAUCAAUCUGGUAGCUCCAAUAUUGAUGCGACUUCUAGUGUUGCACCUAGUUACAAUGCAGGUUCCACGUCUUCUGAUGCAGUCGCCUCAUUUGCCCCUUCUGGUGAUGAAUAUGGAUUAUCCGAUAAUACUGGAAGUGCCACGAAUACCGUUCCAAGCCAAGGCGGAGUUAAAAAAGAAUUCUACACUUUUAGUGCCAACGAUGAAGAUUUCAACAACCCAGCUGGCUCCAACAAAUUCGAUAAUGCUGUAAAACAAGGUCUGCGUGUUAUUUUCAUUAAGGGCCCUGAAAGCAGUGGUUUGGAAAAUGCUGCUUUGGCUUUGGCCAAACAAGCUGCUGAACAACAGACCGCCAUCUAUGUUCUUCAGAAACAAGCUGAUCUUGCUGACUUUGCCAACAAAUUGAACCAAGACAAUAGCAAUGCCAAUCACAAACCCGAAGUUCACUUUGUCAAAUACCGUACCCCUGAAGAUGCUGUCAAUGCCCAAAAGGCCAUUCAGGAACAAUACAACUCCUUGGGUGGUAAAUCGCAGCAUUUUGAUGGUGGUGUUGCCCCAGCCUUGAAUUUUGCCUCACAAGCUCCAGCUGAUCCUGUUCCAACUUCUGCUGCUUCUAGUCCUGCUACCAGUGCCACAUAUCUGCCUGCUUCGGUUUUUCGCCGCAUCUGA